AUGGCUGCGGCGUCGAGGAGUCAACUCACCACGCUGCCGUCGCAGACCUUGUCGUUCGUCGACGGCGGCGGUCUACAGGAGCCGCAGCGCCUGUUAGAGACCUACGACGCCGCGGUGAAGGAGCUCCGCAUCCCUGCCGCUGACAAGAGGUUCUACGAGGCAUGCUUUGCGGCCCCCGUGCGGGAGUCGCUGUCGGCAUGCGGCGGGGACGCAGGGAGUGACGGGCCGCGGCGCGAGUUGGAGGGGCGCUGCUCCCUCCUCGCGGGUCUCUGCCAGCAUCUCGAGAGGCACCGUGACGCCACCGUGCGUGUGCUGCAGCUUUGCCAACGCCGCGACGAGCUUGUGGAGGGCAUGCUGCGCAUUUGUGCGCUGUACCAGGCAAACGCCGCGCUGCCGUAUCCGCCACCGCCCCCUGCUGCCUUCAUGGAGGCGCUUGAGAAGCAUCAUCUCGUGACUUUGUCUAUUGUGGAGGCCAUUUUUGACUGGCGGGAACAACUCUCCCGCCCAUUUCCAUUUGUUGUCGGGGACGAAAACUACCUCUACCGCAUUGUAGAUGACUGCAGCCUCCUGGACUCCAGUCUGCUGGGAGGCGUGCUUCGACUGCGGCUGUCGCAAUACCCGCUCUCCUCUCACAUGGCUUACGCUCCAGUCCCAAAGCGAGGGCGGGGCGUGCUAAAACACGGCGGCGGCGGCGGACUCAUUUGCCGGGAAUACGACGAGACACAAGCUGUCCUGCAGGGGGGACCUUCGCUGUGGCGGCGUCAAAGUUCGCAGUCCGGGUCGCACGACGUCCACGCCACCGUGAGGCGACGGUCCCCGCCCAAGCCGAGUGGGAACUACACCCAGGCCCACCUGCAGUGGGCUGAGGAGGUGAUACAGAAGGAGAACGUUCUCCAGCGGCGGCUGAUCAGUGAGUUGUUGAUGAAGGCAAGGCAGGGCCUCUUUGCGAUGCUGCUCGCGACGCCCGACAUUGUGCGCGAUGCCGCUGAGGGGAUUCCGCUUCUGGAGGGGAGCCCGGGCGCGUGGCGGGAGAGGAUCAUUGGGGCAGCCGCCACAGCCGCGCCGGGGACACACAGCCCCGAUGAGGCGGCAGCGGAGAGGCGGCGUGAGUCAGCUGCGGGGGAGAUGACUACUUGCCCCAGUGCCGCGGCAGCAAACCAAAAGAGGGCUCACCCAUUUUUGCCUCCCCGAGGAAUUCCUUCUCCGCGUCGUCAUUCUCUUCCCAGUUAA